AUGCAGCGAAGAGCAUUCACCAAUGGUGAAGGCCUGAUCCACCACCGUCAUUCGCUGUCGUUUUCGGCAACUAGGAAUGGGACGGUCACGCAUCGACAGAGGAUCGAGCUGAACAUCCCGUGCAGCAGCGAGCCAAGCGAAUACCCUUGGGGCAAUGCCACUUGCCAAAUUCUGUGGCGUAGUGAGCAUAGUCAAGAAUCCAUGAGAUUAAUCUGGGAUGAUGCGGCGUAUGGGCAAUUUGGUUCCGGCGAAAGGCUCGUCGGUGAUCUCCGAAUGGUCCAAGUCGACUUCACCGCCCAUGAGCAUCAGAAGGAUUUUUCGAGCUACGAUGAGCUGACGAUAAGCUUUACUUUUAAGCGUUCCCUCAACAAAACCGUCUACCUCUUCUUCUUCCCCUCAAUUUUGUUCAUCGGGAUUAGUUGGCUGUCCUUCCUGCUCGGUCCGAUGGCAAUUACGCGAGCUAUAUUGGUCAUGAGCUCAUUUAUAUUGUUGUAUUUGCAUUAUUACUUUAAUAUGGCCGGGUUGCCGGAGACGUCUGGGAUUACUUCAAUCGAUAUAUGGAAAUUAUUCUCGUUGCUUUUCGUUUUUGGUGUACUCGUUGAGCUCGUUUCGGUCAGCUGCAUGGCGUCUGUAGGAAGAUCGCGCUCAAUUCAAGCCUGUUGCCGCUCAAAAAAGAAGAAGGGCAAGUACGAGAUGGAGCCCCUAUAUGAGGAGCUGAAUGAUUUGAGGCAAAGAAAAACCAGAAGAACCUGUCGCUUCAUCCACCUCACCUGCCUCUCCGAUAGCGAACAAAUGACGCAAAAAGUGAACGCCGUCUGGAAGUGUGAUGAUUGCCGGCCAGAGUCGAAAACACCCACCUUCGCCGAUCUCGGUGCGCGUUCAUCAUUUUUCACUUUGUGCCAUACACCAAAACGAUGGGCGCCAUCUUCUCCCGAGCCCCUCCGCCGUGCCCUGCCCAAAGUCGAACAGCUCGACGACGACCCGCCCGCCACCACAACCACCUCGUCCGACCGAUUCGUGACGUGCACGUUUUGCCUCGACGACAUCGACAGCGGGCACAAGUUUGUCACCAACUGCCGCCACGAAUUCCACCACCAAUGCGCCGAGCCGUGGUUUAUUCGAGCCAGCACGUGCCCAAACUGCCGGCAAAAGGUGAAAUACGUCGACUUACUCACCUGGGACCCGUUCGAGGACGGCGCGCGGGCCCUGGAAAAAGGUUCACCACAUCCCAUUGCCGACGUACGAGACCUCCGAAGAGAGCGACGAAGAAGAGGACGAGGGAGGGAGGGCGUGCCCGCGCCGUGUGCUCGAUGUGGCCAUGAACUUGACGAGGAUCUGGAGGAGGCGGCCGUUUGUUUAUGCUGUGAAGCGCUAUUCCACCACCAAUGCCUGUCCGACUCGGAGAAGGCGCAGCUCGACGGCGCCACCCUGAACCGGUGCAACGACUGCGAGCAGCACGAAGAUGAA